AGGGAUGUAGUUCUAUUGCAAAUAAGGCUAAGCGGUUUCCAUCGUUUCACUCAGAUGGACCAGGACCUGAAACAUAUAAUAUAGUAUCAAAAUGGGCAGGCAGGAAAGCGGAUCCGCAUAGCCCUCGGCUUUCGGAAAAGAUGAAAAAUCAGUCAGCCAGUGAACAAGACAGGGGAAAACGGUUAACUUCUUACGAGAUAAUUCCUGAUGUUCGAUUUCGAGAUGUACCGAGCAUACCUUCUGGUGACUAUGUGCAUGGUUACGAAGAGGGUCUAGAUGGUCGACUUCACCCUCAAUCUGGACCAAAAAGGGAUGUAACACUUGGUCCAGCGUUUUAUGGGCCUACCAAAGACCCUGUUUUUACGCGGUAUAAAGGGUGUGGUUGGUCAAAGAGUACUUCGGAACGUUAUCUACCAUACAGAGCUUCAAAUUCAGUUGGUCCAGGGAAAUAUGAUCCUUAUAAUGAUCCUUGGCUAAAACUUAUUGAAACUGCUAGAGAAAGAAGUAACAUUGAGGCUGAACAUCCUUUGGCAGUUCCGAGAUUCAUGGAUAAAGUUGUUUAUGAAUUACACAAACAAAACUUCCCUAGUCCCUGUUCAUACAACAUACAAGACAAGCAAAUAUCUAAGGCUAAUGCGGUGCAAGUGCCUUUUAAUACUGAAGAGCAAAGAUUCAAAGAGAAAGUCAUUGACACGCCAGGGCCAAACGCAUAUGACCUAAAAAGUGGUGCGAUUUCAAGAAGGUGGUUAAGGCGUUUCCAGCCUAAACCUUUUGAUGCUACGUCUGAAAGGUUCACUACCCAAAGUGACGCAAGACCAGCCCCAAAUAGUUAUAAUAUUGAUGAUGGAUUAACACGUCGCCUAGAUUUUUCACAAUCAAGCAAAUGUGUGGGAUUCGGCUCAACAGCCAAACGUAUGAAUGAUAAGUUAAUUUUCGGCAGAAAAUCUAGCGAUGGAUUAAGUGACAUUCCUGGUCCUGGACAGUAUAAUCCACAAAAAUGUGAAGGAAAAUAUACUUUGAAAGCUUUUGGCAUUCCGAAGGCUAAAAGGGAGUUAUCGAUGCCUCAAUCGUCAGUACCCCCACCCGGAACAUAUGAUUCUGGAAAAUCUUUUGAUGUGACACAAUGUAAACGUACCCCAGCUAUACCUCGUACUAUAGAAGGUAGGCAAAGAAGAAAUUGCUUCUCCAAUACUGCAGAAAGAUUCGGUAGACAUUCUGAGUUGGGUCCAAAAGACCCUGAUAUGCCAGGUCCAGCAGAAUAUUAUAUAUUGGAAACUAAACCUCAAAAAGGAAAGUUUGUUUAUCAGUCGGAGAGAUUCAAAGAAACAGAAAAAGAACAACUUCCUGGUCCAGCAGAUUACGAGGCAUUACUGAAAUGCCAUAUGAAAAUUAUUUGGGUUUGAAGUCUCAAAAAAGUGAAAUCCUGGUCUUUAUUUGGUGAAUGUUGCAUUGUUCUUGGACUCAGUGAAGUAUAUAAAAAUCGUACCUAAUAUGAAUGAGUAUAUAAUGAUAAUUAAUUCAGAAUAAAACAUAAGCUCGGUCAUUAUUUUCGUUCAUGCGUUAUUCGUUAUCUGAAAAUGUAUGCUUUGUAAUACUUGUCAUUAUUACUUUUCACUUCAGUUAGUUCAAAACAAACUCAAAUACAAACAAGACUUACCGUGUUUGAGAUAUGUGAAAAUUUAUGCAAGAUGAUAAAUUUUCUUAUCCAGACACUUUUCUCAAAACAAAUUUUUUAUGUUUGGAUCAUAAGCCUCCACAUGUGAACAUUUACGCAAAUAAAUAUUUGAGUACAUAUGCAUAAGUAAUAUAUCCCAUUUCAUAUUUUGUUCACCUCUUAUUUUGACCAUUCAUCUCUGUGUCAUUUUUCUGCUAAAUAUUUACAUAAACAUAUUAGUUUUGAAUCCAAAUAUGGAUAGGAAAUGAUAAAUAAAUCUAAUAAUUAUCAGCCACUGUCACUGACUCAGUGUUGAAAACUACAUUCAAUGUAACACUGGAUAAUUCAUAUUCAUCUAAUAAAUGGUCUGAUGAAUCUGUGGUAGUAAAAAUAUGAUGUAAUACUACUGUUCUGUCAUAUCGGCACUGUGUAGACUUUUUAAAUAAUUAAAUAAGACAUAAAAGAUGCAAAUUGAAACUUAUUUAUUCUAAUUGCUUUACGUGUCUGAUUGAUGCACACUUUAGAUGCACAAUAUCAGAGACUACGUAAAAAAUUUUGAUGUUAUGUAGUAAAAUAAUAU